AUGGUUUAUUUCAGCCUCCCUACUAUCAUUGCUGUCUCUGCUUUCUUUGCUCAGAGCGCGAUUGCUGUUCCCUCGCCUAGCGUUGACGCUAGUGGUAUCUAUGUCAAGCGUGCAGCAAGCUGCACUUUCCCCAGCCCUUCUAAGACCACGAGCUUGAGCGCUCCGAUGUCGGUCAAGGGUACUUUUGACGGUGGCAAUGUCCGCUAUGACCGUGGCAAGAAUGCUUGCUCCGGGCAGAAGGAGGGCGGAGACAAGGACGCUGUUUUCCUCCUCGAGAACGGUGCAACUCUCAAGAACGUGGUCAUCGGUGCUAACCAAGCAGAGGGUGUCCACUGCAAGGGCUCUUGCAACAUCUAUAACGUCUGGUUCGAGGAUGUAUGCGAGGACGCUAUCACAAUUCGUCAGACCUCCGGUACUACCAACAUUGUAGGCGGUGGUGCCAAGGGAGCGAGCGACAAGGUUGUGCAGCACAACGGUGGAGGAACCGUUAACAUCUCGUCGUACUGCGUCCAGGACUUCGGCAAGCUGUACCGCGCCUGCGGCAACUGCAAGACCCAGUACAAGCGCACUGUGACCAUUACCGAUGUGAUCGCAAGCAACGGUAAGCUCAUCGCCGGAAUUAACUCCAAUUACGGCGAUGUCGCGACCAUCAAGAACGUGAAGGCGACCAGCGUGAAGUCGAUGUGUGAUACUUUCCAAGGCAACGACAGCGGAAAGGAGCCACCUAAGCUGACCUCGAACAAGUCCAACGCAAAGUACGCCUAA